UGUACGUCGGAAACCCUCGCCGACAUCGCCCCUUCACCCGCUUUCGCCCAGAGACCUUUCCCCUCGCCAGCCGGAAACGCUCGCCUACUUCCCUAACCCCUCUCCCGGUUUCCCAAAACCAUUGGUUUCGUGACGAAACCAUGGAGGCAGAUGGAGGAAGGUAACUUCAUAUCUUCCUUUUAGCGCGAAUCGCAGGAUUUAGUAAUCCGGGAUUUACGGCCGAAAUCAGUUGGAGUGGCUUUAUUUUGUUCAAACCGACCAACUGGCAGGAUUUAGGACAAAUCCAGGUAAAAUCUUGCUCUAAAUCCGUUACCAGACGGCUCCUUAUGGUUUUCUGGUUAAGGAUGAUGCUGAGCCCGUCGCCGUCAUGGCGAACCUGAGACAUCUCCAGAUCCUCCGCAGGUGCUUCGUGCGAAAUUCUUUCCCUCGUCUUCAUCUCGCGCCCCACCUCAUCCGCCGCCCCAAAAUCAUAAACCCAGCCACCGUCAGAUACUGCCGCCGCUACUCCUCCUGCUCCUCGGAUGACAUCACCGAUCUCCGUGAGCGCAUUCUUCUGCUCACUGAGAAGCCGACUAGUGUCACGCAAGAUGGAGAUGUUGAUGACAUUCGCUCGCAGGUCUCCUCUCUCGCUGAUGAACUCCUUGCCGCCGGUCACCUUGCUAAUCUCGAAGAUGAUGAUGAUCUCACCGAUCUAGCCGCCUUUCUUGACUCUCGUUCAGCUGUUUCCCUACUUCGCCAUUCUCCCUCAGGGUUGGCCUUUGUCGAGUUGCUGUCUCGUUUAAAAACUCGUCCCCGCCUCGCUGUCCAGGUUUUUCUUUGGCGGCUGAAGUUGGCUGAUGCCGGUGUGCAACUUGUCCCAGAGGAGUAUGCCAAGGCCAUCUCCCUUGCUGGUCGGUCCAACAAGGCCGACCUUGCCGGUGAUCUUUUCACCGAUGCCGGCCGUCGAGGAAUACGAAGCACAGGGAUGUAUAACUCUCUCAUGGCAGCGUACAUGUACAAUUGUCUCGCGUCCAAGGCCAUUUCCGUCUUUGAGGACCUUACGCGCGACCCGGCAUGCGAGCCCACCAUUGUAACUUAUAACAUUCUUCUCUCAGUUUACGGUCGCUUGAUGCUCAUCGAUAAAUUGGAGAAUCUCCUUAAACAAAUCCACGAGCACCCCCAUAUCUCCCCUAAUCUAAGUACUUACAAUAUUCUCAUGGCCGCUUAUCUCACCGCUUGGAUGUGGGAUCGUAUGGAGAAUACUUACAAGGGAAUGAUAAGAGGGCAUGUUAAGCCCGACACUUUCACGCACUUCCUCAUGCUUCGUGGCUAUGCUCAUGCUGGCAAUGUUGAGAAGAUGGAGGAGACUUAUGAAUUAGUAAAGGAUAUGGUGAACAGGAGUGUUUCACCGCUUGUUAGAGCUAUGAUAUGUGCAUAUUGCAAGAGUUCAGUUAAAAAUAGGGUGAGCAAGAUUGAGGAGCUGACCAAGCAUAUUCCAGAAGGUGAGUACAGGCCGUGGUUAAAUGUUCUUAUGAUCAGGCUAUAUGCUCAGGAGGGAUUACUAGAUGCCAUGGAGAAGUUCAUCUCAGAGGCAGUUAACAGGGAAGUAAGAGUCAUAGCAAUAGGUGUCAUGCGCUCCAUCAUUUCCAGUUAUUUCCGUUGUGAUUCCAUUGACCGGUUGAUCAAAUUCAUAAGGCUGGCAGAAUGUGCUGGGUGGAAACUAUGCCGUUCUCUUUAUCACUGUAAGAUGGUGAUGUAUGGGCAGCGGAACCAGAUAGAUGGCAUGCAUGGAGCGUUGCAGGAGAUGGAACAUUUCAGGUUUGAUCGAACAAAAAAGACUUUUUUGAUCAUGUAUAAAGCAUAUUCAAAAGCUGGUAGGAGGUCUGAAGCAGAGAUUGUGGUUGGAAUGAUGUGCAAGAAUGGUUUUCUUGAUCCUAAGGCUGCUUUGCUUUUCUAGUUGGCUUGGAGAAAGCCAUUGGAACAGUAUGAGCUAGCAUUUAGCUGAUUGAUAAUGGCAGCUCAUCCUUGUCAGCUCUUGUUGUAAUUGUUGGUGACUUGUACAAUUUUGAUUGUUGACGUAUAUUUGAUC